AUGGCAUCCAUCUCGGCUCGAAUUAACGGAUAUAACAAUAAUCAAGAUGACAAUUCUAUAAGACUUAUGAAUAAGACGUACACAGAACACACAGCCAAGUAUAUCCAACUUGUUAGUAGUAUGGAAACAAAAUUUGCCGAAGAUUUUGUUGAACUUCCCAAGGUUGUGUUUUGUGGAAAUCAAUCGGCUGGAAAGAGCAGCUUAUUGGAAGCAAUUGCUAAUGUUCAGAUUCGCAUGCACGAGACGCCAGAAGCUAGCAGUUGGGAGUGCAAGAUCUCUCUGCGUGUAGAAUAUGACGAAAACAACAAGCCACUCCCAGAUGCUCGCAGGGAAAAUAUUUGGUUUGGCGAAGCCAUACAUGAUCCAAGCGACGUUGAGUCAAUGGCAUAUCGUGCCCAAAAAGCACUGCUCAACCCGAGCAAAAGUUCUGACCUCUACCUUAAUCACGAUAGGUCGAAAGAGGAAAAGGAUGAAAUUGAAUUUACAAUGAAUACAGUUUGUUUGUCCAUUACGGGACCAAACGUUCCCAAUUUAAGUCUGGUUGAUUUACCAGGAAUUGUGGAACAUAUUAAAAACGCAACUCCAAAAGUUUCACGGAUACUUGUUGCUAUGAUAAAAAGACUCACUAGAAACUAUGUAGAAAAGCCCAAAGCUAUAAUUGUAGCCACCAUUCCUUGCGAUUCGGAAGACGAACAUCAAGGUAUUCACAAUAUAAUAAACGAAGUCGAUCCGCACAAGAACCGCACGGUGUUUGUCCUAACAAAACCAGACCGUAUCGAGGAGAAAACACAUGGAAAAUGGUUACCGAAACUCGAAGAUUCAUCAGGACCAGACUAUUUCGUAGUUAUGAAUCCGAAUCAGGCAAAAUUAAUCAAGGGAGUGACAUUUAUCCAGGCUAGGGAAGAGGAAGAACAUUGGUUUAAAAACACACAGCCAUGGUGUUCGUCAAAUUUUCAAGACAGACUCGGAGUAAAACGGCUGAGGACAAAGCUGGAAAAUUUACUCAUAGAAAAAAUUAGAGAAAGUGUUCCUAAACUUACGGAUGAGAUAAGCAAUAGAUUAAUGGAGGCGAAUGGUAAAUUGAACGAAUUACCGCCACCUCCCGCUAAUGCCCAAUUCGAAAUCAACAGAGUGACAAACAUGUGUGAAAAUAAACUUCGUCAUAAGCUUAACACUGUAACUGGUUUGAACAACGGAAAUGACAAUUUGUGGGAAAAAAUAAGAGAACAGCUGAAUGAAUAUAAUAUGUUAAUCGAAAACGAAAGACCGGCGUUUGUGUUAACGUCGUUUUUUGGAGGUGUACGGGAAACACUUCUUGUAGACCUUUUGCAAAAUAUUCCCGCAGCAAACCGUAAUGAGACAUAUAGUUCAAUCAUCGUAACUCCCAUGGAAAUUGUAAAUAAACAUAAACACUCGCUAAGGAGUGAGGCAUUUAUCAAGCAAACAACAAAAGUUAAGGACAUAAUUGACCAAAGUAGAG